GUCAAAGCUAGGAGUGAAAACCGCUAUAUAGUGGUCAAUACCUUCCCAUCAGGUUGCAAGAUAAUGGAGCAAUUCAAGAUUACGUUACGAGUUCCGAGUAGUAAUGGGGAAGAAACAUCUGAACCCAACGCAGAAACUGAAUCUCAGCUAUCACCUUCCAUAGCUACCGAUCACAAUACAUCAAAAUCUUUGGGAAAAAAAAGGAAAACGGAAAAAUGGGUACGCUGAAAUUACCAGAAGUGAUUCCUUCUCCAACAGAGGACUGCGAAAGGAUCAUGAAAGCAUUUAAAGGACUGGGAACUGAUGAGAAAGAAAUCAUAAGGGUUUUGGGGCAUAGAAAUGCAAGCCAACGGAAGAAGAUAAGAGAAACUUAUCAACAGCUUUACGACAAAUCCCUGAUUGAUGAUCUCCAUUCCGAGUUAUCUGGUGAUUUCAUGAAAGCGGUAAUUCUAUGGACAUAUGACCCUCCUGAAAGAGAUGCACGGCUUGCAAAUAAGGCAUUAAAGUCAAGGAAGGAAAGCGUAGGAGAAUUACAAAUAAUUGUUGAGAUAGCAUGUGCAUCAUCUUCUGACCAUCUGGUUGCUGUGAGGCGAGCAUACUGCUCUCUUUUUGACUGCUCUCUCGAAGAAGACAUCAUAGCAAACAUCUCUAUGCCCUUAAAGAAGGUUCUGGUUGGUUUGGUAAGUUCCUACAGGUAUGACAAAAAGGUAGUGGAUACAACCAUCGCCAACCUAGAGGCUGCUAAGCUUCAUGAAGCCAUCCAAACGCGACAACUGCACAGUGAUGAUGUAAUAUACAUUCUCAGUACUAGGAAUCUUGGUCAGCUAAGGGCAUCUUUUGAGCGCUACAAACAAGACUAUGGAUAUUCUAUUGAUCAGCAUAUCACAAGUUGUGGCAAAGGCCUUUUGGAAUCUAUCAUGAAGGUAGUCAUCUUGUGCAUUGACUCCCCAGAGAAACAUUUUGCUGAGGUUGUGAGAACCUCGGUCAUUGGGCUUGGAACUGAUGAGGAUGCUCUAACUAGAGCGAUUGUAACUCGGGCUGAAAUUGAUAUGGUGAAAGUUAGAGGAGAAUAUAACAAGAUGAACUCCUCCAGUCUGGAUCAAGCAGUUGCAGAUGACACAUCAGGCGAUUACAGAGAUUUUUUGAUGACUCUCCUUGGGCUUGGAAUCUAGUUUUCUGCAACCCAACUUAGGGGCUGUUUACUUUUUCUCUCAUUAAGUCCUGAAUGGAUUAAGACGUUUGUUUGUAUUAAGAUGUCUGUCUGGAUUAAGUGACACUAAGAUAACAAGUUGUUUACUAUGUGUGAUGAAUGAGAAGUCUGAAUUACAUGGAAUGACCAA